AUGAGCAGAGAUAAUGACCUUGCACAGCCUGUUACAUUGAGGCCAGAACAGCAGUUCCAGCAGAGUGGGUAUUCAGAUGAGGAGUACUAUGGGUGUGAUGUUGACGGUAUCGAGCUUCACAUUGCCAAGUACCUUUACUCCAUACGGAAUCUAACCAAUGAAGAAAGCGAAGAGUUGCCGCCACUAACACACGCAGAGGGCUUCUUUGCAGUGGACCACAGUGGCAAUGGCUCAAUCAUAUUGGCCUUUCGAGGUACCGUCAACACAAGAGACUACCUCACUGAUAUUGAUAUAAUGACUGUGGAUUAUGAGCCAUUGGAUGAAAAGGCAAGGGAAAGCUUUGGUGAUUCGUGUGUCAAUUGUAAGGUUCACAAAGGCUUCUAUAGAAGGUACAAGGAGGUACACGAUGACAUUUUCCCCUCGGUACAUAAGCUACUGGAUGCAUUCCCUGGUUACAAGUUGGUGGUUGUAGGGCAUUCGCUGGGCGGGUCUCUCGCCCUACUCACAGGUCUUGAGCUUGCCCUCUUGGGAUACCAUCCUUUGAUUAUAUCUUAUGGGUCACCAAAAGUUGCAAAUAUGGAAUUAGCACGAUAUAUGGAUGAGGUUUUCCGAUCGAAGGACGUUUACAAGGCUUUAGAAGCUGACGAUGGGUCCAUAGAUGAAGGGUGUUUCAGGCUAAUCCACGUAGGUGAUUACGUACCAUUGUUGCCUCCAGGAAACAAGUUCAUACCUGUUGGAUUGGAGUUUGUCAUCAACAAAGAAGGCCUCCCACAGCCAUUGAGUUCGGUUCUUUAUAAUGGACUAGCACACGAACAAACACAUAGCAUUGACUUCCAUUUUAGCGACUUGUUUUCUUUCAACUGGAGACAGGUGCUACAUGCAAAAGACCACGCGGAGUACUUCUGGAGAGUCGGUGCGUGUGAUGAUCUCCACCUUGGAUGA